CAACCUUCAAAUUUAUAGAAAAAGAAAGUCAAGAUGACAUAGAGGUAUUGGUAGCGAAGUUUAAUGAACAUUUUUGCAUUAAGCAAAAUACGACCAUGUCCAGAUAUCGUUUUUUUACAAGGAAUCAAGAAGUCGGCGAAAAUGUGGACGGCUACGUCACAGGUUUGCGACUACUAGCUCAACGCUGUGAGUUCGAGCAACUGGAAGAAGGAUUGAUAAGAGACCGGAUCGUGUGUGGUAUUUGUGACAGUACAGUGAGAGAUAGAUUGCUCAGAACGGAUGACUUGACCUUGGAGAAGGCUAUAAAGAUUUGUCACGCGAAUGAAAUAUCACUGACGGAGGGCAAGCAAAUUGAAGUCGCUAAAACUGCAGAGUAUACGGCCGGCGCGGCGGUGGAUGCAGUGUACAGGGCGCGAGCGCGCGCGCCGGGCGGGGCAGCCGGCUCGAGCGGCCGGGGCGCCGGGCACAGCGCUGCGCGCCGCAUGUACAUCGAUGAGCCGGGUCGUCGGCUCGAUGCUCGGCUGAGCGCGUAUAGUGAUGUAAAGUGCGUGUCGUGCGGUAUUGGUCAUAAUGACCAAGAUCGGUGUCCAGCUAGAUUCGCGACGUGCUUUCGGUGUUUCCAGAGGGGUCAUUUUAAAAAGUGUUGCGUGAGAGCUAAUAAAAAAGUGCUUGAAGUGAACGAGGAAAUAACUAUCAAUGAUCCAUUGUACGUAUCUGUCUUGAAUGGUGAUAAAUGUAAAGACAGUGUUUUCGUUUAUAUUGUAAACAAGCUGAAGAAUGAGAUAGUACUGAUGACUCAAAACACGCACAAUCCCAAUCGUCAUGAAGUCAACAUACCCAUAGAGGAAGGAAAAAUAGUAGCAGCACACGUAGCAGCAACCAAGGAGUACUUGCUUAUACCGGAUGUGCAACGCGACCACCGCUUCGCCGAGGGUCUGCGGUGGAUCGACGCGAAGGUCGCGCUCUGCAUGCCCGUGGUGAAACCUGACGGGGACUGUUACGCGGUGCUCGAACUGUACCGGACACGUGCCGAGCCAUAUGAUAAUAAUGCACUGUAUACAGUGGUGAGUGUAGCGUGCUGGGCUGGUGCGGCUGUGCACCAGGCUCAAGAGCGGGUCACUCUUCAACGAACCGCGCAUCUCAACCAGGAGCUGCGGACGUUGCUGCAGAACUACUUCUGUGACCUAGCCUCCAUUGAUACCAUGCUUACGGAUAUGCUGGCAGUAGUGAAGUCGUUUAUAGGUGCCAUGCGCAGCAGCUUCUACAUACUGGACCGCGACCACGUUGGUGACCAUGUGUUGGCCGACAUGUGGGACGACGGCUGGACCAGCGAGAAGUCUAACAUACCAAAGAAGAAAAUCAAAGUCAAUUUAAGUCUAGAGCCUACUCCGGCAGAACUAGUCGCGAAAACAGGCACAUCUCUGAACGUUUGUGAUGCUUACAAAGACCCUCGAUUCUCAAAAGAGAUAGACCCCACUACCGGCACGGUUGUCCGAUCCUGCCUGGUCUCCCCCAUUUUGGAUAAGACUGGCGUUAUUGGUAUAGUCCAAUUGACUAAUAAGACAAACGCACAACCGUUUAAUGCAGAAGACGAGAAAAUAUUUGAAGUAUUUACAAGUUACUGCUCACUGAUCGUGCACUUUUAUAACAUGCAGCAGAAAAAGAAAUAUUAUGAAAACCUCAACAAAGUUUACAGUGAUUUAAUGAAUUUACAUUUAUCUCCAUGUAGACACGAUAUGGAUGAAAUUAUGGAAACGAAUGGAGUCAUUUUGCCGCCAAAUAAUUUUAAAAGCUACGACUACCACAUAAGCGAAGGCAGCAAAGAAGACAUGCCAGGUCUCAUCUGCUACAUGUUUGUGGAUAUAUUUGCGGACAAAAACUUCGAGAGGCAGAACUUGGCGGACUUCACUCUGACCAUCCUACAAUGCUACAGAAACAACCCGUACCAUAACGCCGAGCAUGCCUUUUGUUUCACUCAUACGCUCUAUUUGAUAUUGGCCAGUAAUUCUGGAUAUUUUGACUUCGUUGAAACAGCUGCUUUAAUGAUAGCAGGGUUGUGCCAUGACCUAGACCACCCUGGGUUCAACAAUAACUUUCUGGCUUUGUGCAAACAUCCUCUGUCACAAAUGUACAAAUCAUCUAUGCUAGAAUAUCAUCACUACUUCUUGGCGAAAAAGAUCAUCGAGAUAAGAGCUCAGCUUACGCCAAUUUUGACUGAACGUGCUUUCGACUGGACCAACAGCUGCCAUCGUCGACUUUUAAAGGGCAUUUUGAUGACAACCAGCGAUUUAUCCGGCUGUUGUAAACCAUUUGGAGUAUCCAAAACAAUCGCCGAAGAUGUUUAUGAAGAGUUCUAUAAUCAAGGGGACAAGGAGCGCGCGCUGGGCUACACGCCGCUCAGCAUGAUGGACCGGCGCCGCAGCGUCAACCAGCCGGCCGAGCAGAUCCAGUUCCUGUCCGUGGUGGUGCUGCCGUGCGUCAUGCUGCUGCAGAACCUGUUCCCCAACACCAGCCCGCUCACCGACAACUGCAGAAAAACGCAAGAACAAUGGCACGAGGAAAUAGAAAUGCGCGGACAAAAGUUGUGGAGACUGGACGACUCUAUGCAGACGACCGGACGAAAUCGCACCGGGAACAAACUUGACAGCGAGUAGACGUUGUGUUUUAUUUCAUAAAUAAAUAUUUUAUUGAAAAAAAAAAGGAUUUUAAAUUAUUUUUUUAAAGCAAACGUUAUUUGUUACACUCUUAAAUACGUACGAGUACUUAUGACACCUUAUACCUAAAUUAAAUAUUAAUUUUUUUAAGUCUGGCAUGUUAGUUAUUAACACUUCCAUGAUAUGCGGGCGAUGGGGGGAAAGACUGCGCGUGUGAAAUCGUGUGUACGGAGCAUUCAGUCGUGGGGUUUUCAUUCAUCGCUACACGCCUCCCAGCCCGCGCGGACCAUCGGGAUUGUUACGAACGAAGUUGCCAAGUUAUAGACAGAUUUUAAAAAUUCUUUCAUGAAUGGAUAAGUUACACACUGGAGCUAUUGUUU